AACCAAGCUUUCAACUCUUUCUUCUCUUCAUCUCUAAGCUAUUUCUCUACAUUUCUCUCCGCUGUACAAGCCACAAAGACCCUUUCAUUCUCUCUCUUUGUCUUCUUUCCACCCGUCACCUGGGCCUGAUGGGGGUGGUGAAGGUGUGUCAUAAAGCGUCUCACUGUGAACUCGGUCACCAGUUUAACUGCAUCCGCCUGCAGAGAAGCCGUGGUCCGUGUGACUCUCCCAGCAUGAGGAAAGUGUACAAUUUAGUGAAUGUAACUAAAGGCCGGGACCGGGAGCCGGUGCAAUCCAUCCGCCUCAAGCAAAUCCAGAUUACCGACCCGAAGCAAGAACUCAACAAACGCACCUCCAACACGGGACGUCCCGCUUUGUCUUAUUCCAUCUCACAGUCCUCUACCGAUAGCUACGGUUCAGUGGGCAGUGGCAGCUCAGAGGAUGAGUCCUCCCCCAGGGACAAGCCUCAGAAGACUCACCAGGGCCUCUCUGACUUCUGCAUCAAAAACAUCAAACAGGCAGAAUUUGGGCGCAGAGAAAUAAUGAUUGCACAGAAAGAAAUGCCGGCGUUAAUGGUCCUGAGGAAAGGAGCAGGUGGAGAGAAGCCGUUGGCUGGAGCCAAAGUCUUAGGCUGCACACACAUCACCGCGCACACAGCGGUGUUGAUUGAGACGCUCUCUGUUUUGGGAGCCCAGUGUCGCUGGGCAGCCUGUAACAUCUUCUCCACUCAGAACGCUGUGGCGGCUGCUCUGGCUGAAGGAGGCACACCGGUGUUUGCAUGGAAAGGAGAAUCCGAAGACGACUUCUGGUGGUGCAUCGACCGCUGCGUCGGUGCUGAGACCUGGACGCCCAACAUGAUUCUGGAUGAUGGCGGCGAUCUGACCCAUUGGAUCCAUAACAAGCACCCAAGCCUGUUCAAGAAUAUCAAAGGCAUCGUGGAGGAAAGCGUUACAGGCAUCCAUCGCUUGUACCAGAUGUCGAAGGCAGGCAGGCUGUCCGUCCCGGCCAUCAACGUUAACGACUCGGUGACCAAGCAGAAAUUCGACAACCUCUACAGCUGCAAGGAGUCCAUACUGGACGGGUUGAAGAGAACCACCGGCGUCAUGUUCGGAGGAAAACAGGUGGUGGUGUGCGGAUACGGGGAGGUUGGCAAAGGUUGCUGUGCGGCCCUGAAAGCGUUGGGCACGAUUAUGUACGUCACAGAAGUGGAUCCCAUCUGUGCCCUUCAGGCAUGCAUGGAUGGCUUCAGAGUGGUUAGACUGAGUGAAGUGGCCCGGCAGGUAGACCUGGUCAUCACUUGCACAGGCAAUAAAAACGUGGUGGGAAGGGAGCAUCUGGACAGAAUGAAGGAUGGCUGCAUACUCUGCAACAUGGGAAACUCCAGCACCGAGGUUGAUUUGGGGAGCCUGCAGACGGCAGAGCUCAGGUGGGAGCGUGUGAGGCCGCAAGUGGACCACGUUGUUUGGCCGGAUGGCAAAAGAAUCGUCCUGCUGGCUGAGGGUCGUUUGCUGAACCUGAGCUGCUCCACGGUCCCCUCAUUCGUCCUCUCCAUCACCGCCACAACGCAGGCUCUGGCUCUCAUUGAGCUGUACAGCGCUCCAGAAGGACGAUACAAACAGGACGUCUACCUGCUGCCAAAGAAGAUGGAUGAAUAUGUUGCAAGCCUUCACCUGCCGACGUUUGACGCUCACCUGUCGGAGGUGACUGAUGAACAGGCCAAGUACCUGGGCAUCAGCAAACAUGGACCCUUCAAACCCAACUACUACAGGUAUUAACUUUUCGGCGGACUCUACAAAGUAAAAAGCACGGACACUCAGUCUUACCCAGACUCAAAAAGAGCUUGCGCAGAGUAUUUGUCCUUGUUUUUACGUUUUUCCUGUUCUUAAAUGUUCACAAUGUAAUCAUGGUGAAUUUGGAAUUAAAGCUAAAAUAGUUAUAAUAGCUAUUCUUCUGCAUGAAAUGAUAACAAGAUGUACAAUUGUAGCAGUAAUAUACUGUAUAUUUAACCAAUAACAUGUGAUCACCUUUCAGUAUAUUAUUAGUAAUCUUUGUCAACUAAACAUCUAAACUUCAUAUAAACAAAGCAUGUAAUUAUCUAACAACAGUGAAUACAGUUGAAAAACUGUACUUGAUAAUCAACUAAUUGCUAUUUGAGAUGUAAAUCCCAGAUAUUAGGAUGAUUGCCUGUAGACGCAGUGUGUUUGAUAUCUGAUGGAUUGUGAUGGACCAUAAAAACAAGAUAUUUAUAUUGAUUUCUAAAUGUUAGUUGAAGUGAAGCAUGCACAAUUAUUAUAAUUAAAAUAACAUAUUUGCUUUUUUCCCCUGGAAGAUGUCCUCAAUUUGUACCUGCAUGAAAGUAUUUAACUUGGUUUAAUACUGUUGUAUGAUGCACUGAACUAACUAAUAACUUACUGUUUGACCACCAGGGGGCGUAAGAACACUUUUGUCUUUGAGUGACACUCAAUGACCGUAAUUAUUUCUACUUGAUGAAAAGCGUUUUGUCAAACACAAUAAAAUUGUAGAACAGUUUUACCUGUAUAUAUCGGAUGUUAUAUGAGAUUUCACAUAAAUCUGAAUAUAGUUCAUUGUAACUAAAUAAGUAUAAUUAACAUGCUAAAAUUUCAUGGCUCAUAAAGAUAAUCGUAAUUCUGCGACCAUGAACAAGGACGGGAAACAGACACUGAUAAAUUAUUUUGCCUUUUCUCACAAAUCCAAUUCACACAGAAUUGUGGAUCAAAAUAUUUUAAAAAGAGGCCAAAGGUCAAGUUGUUUGCACCCUCACAUUUCACCGAACUCCUUGAGCGGACGCUUGAAGAGAGACACGAGGUAGAAUGGGGACGUGUCUCUAUCAAUUACACCUGUGUUUAAACCUGCAAUGUCAAAAUGGUUGCAAUGACAAGGGCCUGUGUGGAGGUCUACUCUGUUAUGCAUGUCCAACAUUGUACUGAUACGUAUUGAACUGGGCAAA